GGGAUAUAUAUGCUGUUUUUGAUUACCUGAGUCUGUGAGGGUGAUUACAUCACGGGGCAACAGGUGUGUGUGUGUGUGUGUGUGUGUGUGUGUGUGUGUGUGUGUGUGAGAGAGAGAGAGAGAGAGAGAGAGAGAGAGAGACACUGUGUGUGGAGGGUGGAGCUGAAGUCUUUUUUUCCGGUUCUGAAAACUGCGUCAACACUUCAAAUAUUCCACGAAGACAUUUUACUCAACAAUAUCUAGAGAAAUUACACUCUGAUAAACACCAGCUGAACAAUUUAUUUGUUAUUCAAGGAAUCCACCCUAACAAGCCAAAAUGGAUAAGUUUCGUAUGAUGUUCCAGUUUCUUCAAUCCAACCAAGAGUCGUUCAUGCAUGGUGUUUGUGGCCUGAUGGCCCUGGCUAGCGCACAACUCUACUCCGCUUUUGAGUUCAACUGCCCCUGUAUGCCUGAAUACAACUACUCCUAUGGAAUUGGUGUAUUGGUCAUACCAGCGAUUUGGUUCUUUAUGCUCGGCUUUGUCCUGAACAAUAACGUGUCCAUACUUUCUGAGGAAUGGAAGCGACCGGCUGGUCACCGAGGCAAGGACCCUUCGAUUUUUCGCUACAUGAUUAUUUCUGUUACACAGCGUUCGUUGAUUGCCCCUGCAGUUUGGAUUACGGUCACAUUAAUGGAUGGAAAAAGCUUUCUUUGUGCCUUUAGUAUAGAUUUGGAUAUUUCUGACUUUGUUAUUGGAAAUUUCACUGGGCAUAAUCUCUCCGAAGCAGAGAUGAUCACGUUGCUGGCCAAAAUUCCUUGCAAGCACAUAUUUGAUGGACAACAUAUUUUCUCUAGAGAAUCAGCCACCGUGUAUAUACGAUGUGUAUCUCAGGCAUUCGGCUGGCUCUUCCUGUUGAUCCUUACGUUAAUUGCCUUCACCAUCCGUGCCAUGCGUCCUUGCUUCAGUCAGGCUGCGUUCCUCAAAACGAAAUACUGGUCACACUAUUUUGACAUCGAGCGCAAGAUGUUCGACGAGCUCUGCGCAGAACACGCCAAAAGUUUUGCCAAAGUCUGCAUCCAUCAGUACUUUCAGAGUGCCAGUGGGGACAUGCACAACUUGCAGAGCCAAACCGGGGACGACGGUAAAGAAGACGACGAGGAACACUCUAAUGAGGAAGAUAAACUGCUAGGCAUUCACACCCAGGAGGACAUGAAUAAUGUUUUGUGGAACUGGCACAUAUCGAAGCCUCCGUUAAGCCUGAGAAAGCCUGGAGCCAGUGACGAUGGCAACCAGAAAGAAAAUGGGAUGAAAACUGGCUACGACAAUGCGACAUUUACCGCAGAUCAAAAGGAGAAUGGAUACUUCACACCCAAAAAUGGAAAUAGCUACAUGAACCAGCGCGGCUGGGAUACAUUCGAUCACUCAUCCCACACUAAAAAGAAAGAGUGGGCUGUAUAUUACAGCAAGGUCUGAAGAUCUUACUGGUGGAGAUGCUGCGAAAUGAUUUACCAUUGCUGACACACAUCAGCUACACUAAAUUAAAAAGGCAAAUUUAGACCUGUUAAAGGUUUUAGAAGACACACAAUCUCUGGAGAAUGUUUUCAUUUAGAUCAAAUCCGAUUUAGACCAUCCCAUAUUCCUUGCCCAAACAGAACUGAGUGAAGACAUAGCACUGGGUUUGCCUUCAGCUUUCCUCUUCAACUAGGAACUGAAUGUCAAUCUUAAUCUUAAGGGAAUGUGUGUAUUAUGGCAGGUUACCUAUAGAGUAAACUGCCUACUGAUCACAUUCAUUUCAUCAAACACUAUGAAGAGCAGCUAGGAAUUCCUGAUCACACGCCAACAAGGCAUCACAACAACCUGGACGUAGAAAAACGUCCUUUCUCUCCUGUAUGUUGUACCGUCUGUUCUUGCAAGCGAGUCGGAACUCGCCGCGCUCGCAGCCGUCUUGCUGACAGGCAAUCGUGCAUGUUGAUGAAGAAACAAAAUCACCAUUUGCCUUGUGCGCUUUUGUCGACCUUUUGAUUGAUGUCCCUUUAGAGAGAUGGAAGUCUCAGAUUGUAGGGGUUCGUAUUUCCUGUUCUUAAUGAGCAGUAAGAAUACCACUGCAUCUACACUGCACAGACAACGAGUAUAUAAAUAUUUGUGCUCUUGUUUUACUUGAUUAACAUGUUUGCCAGUAAAUGACUGAAAACUAAUCCAAGGAUGUUAGUGUGCUAUUCCUCUGGUCCCAGCAGAGGGCACAGUUGACUAUAUUCUAUCUACAUUCAAAUUGAAAACGAAUUAUUAGUGGCUGGACUUUGAACUACACAUGUGUGAUAUGAUCAUGGAUGUGCUGCUGUAUGAUUUGUCUUUGUAUCAAUGUGAUUUAUUUUAAUUAGUUUACCAUAUUUGGUAGGUGGGUUCAUUUUUUAAGUGUUUUUUUUUUGUUUUGUUCACUGGUUAAGGUGCUGUCUAAUGGAUCAGAAGGUUGAGGGUUCAAGCUCUGGACCCUGUGCCCCGACCCCCAACUUCCUAGCAAGCUGGGAUAUGUGAAGUGUAGUAAUCUUGUUGUACUGUAAUGGUUAUGAGACAAAUAAAGACAUUCC